AUGGUGUGGUCAGACGUACUGCAAGCUGUCUUUGUACUGCCAUUCACCGCAGGAAAUUCAAGGAAUGUCCGGAAUCGAACAGUUCAUUUAGACGGAACCACGUCUAUUGUUGUUAUCAGAAUACUAUUUUUGUCCUUAAUUUUUCUGCUGGUGAAAACUACAACAGAGCAAGAAGGCACUUUGAUUGAAUUUACCGGGAUACAAAUUAUUUUAUCCAUCGUUGUCCUCCUUGGUUUGCUGUCGUGUAUGACCGCUGUCAUUGUCAUCAAGGUCAAGGGAUUCAACUCCAUCAUGGUGCGACGACAGAAGGUCACCACCUCUCGUCUUCAAAUGAUUGUGAUGUGGAUAUUUGGAAUUCUGUCUGUUAUGUUUUGUUUUCUGAAGAGUGGCCAUAUAAUUGAAUGCAUUUACACCGUAAAACACAAUUUCAUCGGCGACAUCCCAAUCAUGGAAUGUGUUUACUACGUCAUCAUUUUCGUGUUCCUGCCUGUCCAGAUGCUAUCUGUUACCUACUUUACGCCGUAUCGUUUUAAAAGCUUCCUACGGAUUCAGUAUAUGGUACUAUUGGUCGUGGCUUCCAAUAUGACAAUGUGGGUUUACGGUCUUGUAGAACAUAAUCAGUAUUUCUCGAAGGUUACCCAUGGAAACGACACUUGGCACAACAACUGUACAAACUUGACAAUUACACGUAUGCUUUAUGUAACAGAUAAAAUUCUCCUCCCGAUAUUUCUGGAAUAUUCCUUGCUAGCAAUAACUUUGACACAAAAUUUAUCAGUGGAAUGGGAAACAAACAAUAGCAGUGAUGAAAAUCAAUUGUUGGAAAUUCAAAGUUCGACAGAAACCACUGCAAGAACCUUUGAUGAAAAUGAAGUUGAAUCUUCCUUCAACACAGCCGUCGGCCCCAAUGCCGAAACUCCAUUAUUGUCUCCCGAAUUGACCACAGGAUCAAGUCAGAGAAAACGAAAACAAUCUUUCCUGUUUUACAUCAUUCUAUUAUUGGCUUGUUUGCUAGCAAUUAGUAUUUUUAUCGGAUAUAUUGUCCGAAUUACCGGCCACAUCCAAACGUCACAAGACUGGCUCAUCGGUUUAGAGUUGGUCCUUGCUGUGAUCAUGAGUUUAUGUACAUUUGUUGCAUAUUAUCUUGCGACCAGAGACACAGAUCCUCCCUUCAAGUCUGCUCCCAUUUCUACGGGAGAAUACGUCUUUAUCAUUUCAUCGGUUGGAUCCCUAAUGGGAAGUGUGCUUCGUAUCAUACCUGCCCUAAAAAUAAAUCAUAACAAUUACAUGUAUCUAAUUAUACCUUCACGUGUGAUUUUUUGUGCCACAUCCUACCUACAGACUGUCCUGAUCCUUCAUGUAAGUCGCUGCAGACCUAAGCGUCACGGCUACACUGCGUCCCUGAGAGGUGUAUUGCUGUUGUUGUCUCUGUAUAACUGUGGAUGUUGGGUCGUUGAGAGUUUUAUCAUAGGCAGUUUUCCUGAACUAGACCAUGAGGAAAAACAACUACUAGGUUCAAGCUUGUUGGAAUUAAGUACCCAAGUUUGUCAUCCCUUGAAUGUAUUCUUCAGAUUCGCCUCAGCACUGGAACUGUACGAGUUGUUUAAGAAAUUCGGAAAAUAA